AGCGCGACGAUCUGGCAACGCCGCAUAUUUUUCGAGACGCAGAACGCAAGAUAUUUCUUAUCUCUUGUAAAAAAAAUGGAUUAUUUCGCUUUGAUCGGUGCGUGUUCGAGAAAAUCGCAUGCUUUUUGGUAUUAAAGAUCGCCACACACUUUCUACGUCCUACGCCCAACGCCCCCCGCCAAAGGGGAAAAUGGGAAAGCAACAUUAUCUGGCAUCCGUAUCUUCGUCCGUCGCAGCCGUCGAAAUGUUCGUCGCGCCAGUUAUCGACUCGGCAAUCUCCAUCUCCUAAAGCACACAUACUCAAUCGCACGCAGCCCAGCACACACACACAGGCAUAGACCCACGUAACCUGCUAGCGAAAGCGCCCUUAAUCUUGACCAGAAACCAUAACAACAACAAAAUCAGUAAAGCAGGAGGAGUAGUAGAAACAACAGCAGAAGGCGGAGGGAAACGGAGGCGCCGCUAUCACUAGCACCUAACAUGUCCGAGAAGCACGGCCAGCUGGGUGUGCAGUGGACGAAAUCAGCGGCGCCAGCAUCAUCAGCACAAGCCUCCAAUUCCAUCCCAAUACCUCUACCUAUUCCUGUGGCCCUUCCCAUCCAGAAACCCAAUGCCCAUCUCUACGGCAAUUGCAGCCUGCAGCCAGCUGAUAUAGUUUACAAUGCCACCCGAUUUCAAGGACCUGCUAUCCAUGCCAAGGCCUCACCUUUAACCAUUACGCCCGUUGGCCCUGGUGGUGGAGCUGCGGCAGCCGCCCAGAUCUCGCCCACGAGCCUCACCCAUGUACCUGUACCUGUAGCCACGCCCAGCGGCUUUGUGCCGCCUCCGUUUCCCAAUACCGCCGGCGGCAAUGGUGGUGUCUCCACUUCGGUGCUCACACCGAACCCCUUUGCCACCACAACUGGAAAUACUGCUGCCGGACUGGCCUUCGCCAAUGCCUUCAGCUUUAAUACGGCCCAGCAACUAGGUCUGGGCAAGAUCAUGCACGCCAUGGGCGGAUCCCCAGGAGGUGUGCCAGCAGUAACAGUACCAGUCACUGGAACUCCAACAACUGCUGCUCCUUCGGCUCCCACAAUAGUUGGUCAGCGGCAUCCUAAUGAAGCAGCGCCGGCGGCUAGUGGAGUGAUAAAUUCCACAAUUGCUGAAAAUGUGAUGAAUGCUUUAAGCAACUCGAACUCAGCCGGAUCAGUAGUGCCCAGUGAGGAGAAGAUGCGAAGGGUGCAGCAAGUGAUUGAGGGCAGCUUGGAUGACAAUGCCAAGCUGCAGAUCUCACAGAUCCUGGAACGCGUUUCGGGAUUAAAGCCCAUUGAGAAGCUAUUCCUUUACCUACGAUUGCCUGGUGAGUGCGCGGACACAGAUCCGUUGAGGCAACCACAGAACCCACUAGGAACGCGCUCCGAGAUUAACCAUACCAUCAAUUGGGUGCGUUCUCACCUGGAAAACGAUCCACAGGUGUCUAUACCUAAGCAGGACGUGUACAACGAUUACAUAGCUUAUUGCGAACGGCUCAGCAUCAAACCGCUUUCCACGGCCGAUUUCGGAAAAGUGAUGAAGCAGGUCUUUCCAGGCGUUCGACCUCGGAGAUUGGGAACGCGUGGAAAUUCCCGCUACUGCUAUGCCGCCAUGCGGAAAACCACCAAACUGACGCCGCCACAACUCCCCCAGCUGUGCAAGACUGAGCAAAUCUCGGAAGGCGACACCAUUGUCGACUCCAGUCAGCUAACUAGCUCUUCAAGUUUGGGUGGACAGUCGUCAACAGCAGGCGAGUCGGAGUGCUGGGAAGUGGUGCGGAGCUGGGCAGAGAAGUUGCUAAACACUAAGCUAGAAAGCGUGGCGGAUCUAAGUUCCCGUAUCAGGAGCAACAAUGCAAUAGUUCCAACUAAGAAAUACACACCUCGGGAACCCAAAGAGAAGAGAGUUUUAGCAGACAUUGGACCACUCAAGAAGCGUCGCAAAAAGAAACGCAAGGGCUCCACAUCCUCGGAAUCCAGCUGCAAUCAAUUAGUUGCCAGUCAGGACGCGGGUAGCAGCCAGGAGGCUAGCGACGAACAGCUUUUGAAGAUCAAGCAGGAGAUUAUAGACUCACCUAUACAGCACCAACAGCCACCUAUAGGAUACCUUCAGCAGAUUACGCCCAUGAAUUUGGCCACAGAUCAGCGAAGCAGCAGCGCUGUGCGCAACCUUACACCGAAAAUAUUGGAAAUGGGAUCGCCGGCCGUAGUACUGACCCAGCAGGAGCCAUCGCCCACGGGUAUAGUGAUCAAGGACGAGGUGGAAGACUACACAACCAACAUUUUCUGCAAGAAAGUAUUGAAGGCGCAGCAGACUAAAGGGUUUUGGGUUAAUUCCCCAAGUAGUGGAACAACGGGCGGUAGUGGUCUUCUUGUUCCACCAACGAUAACUACAACCUCGGCCACACCCCCUCCGCCAAACUCGGGCAUUUCCCCAGUUCCAGGACCCGGACUUUCCAUGGGCCCACCAUCGCAAAUGAUGAACGCCAGUUCUGUAAGCCCUUCAAGUAGCAUCGACACGACGCCGAAGGUUGCCUCUAGAAAUCAAAUGAUGAUCCUAAGGGCCAAGCGUUUAAUGGCAGCGGAAAGUGCCUCCACCGAUGACUCUGGACUGCCCGAAAAUCUUGGAUUGCCUAGAGAGCGAGUGAUCAGCAUCUGCAACAUGGACAAGCACGAGCUGGAUGACUACUUUCUGCCUGGCGAAGAUGAAGAGAAUUCUGAGGAGCCCGACAACGAGCUGCUCCAAUAUUUUCAGAUGGGAGACGCUGAGGAAAAACAACUGAAUUCCUUGGAUGCUGCCGAACAGAACAGGAAUCCACAAGAGCCAACGACGAUGGGCUCUGCGCCGGAGGCGAUGCCCGCUCCCGGACGCGGAGCAGCUGUCGUCGCCGCUGCAGCAGCGAUGCUGGCGCCGGUGCCAGCACCUUCAAUGCUGCCCGGACAGGCCGGCGUGGGUUCUGCCUCAGCGUCUCUGGCCCUUAUGUCAAAAAAGCAUCAACAGCAGCACCAGCACCCGAACCUGCAGCAGCAAUUGCAGCGUUCCAAGCAGCUGCCGAUAAUCAGCAACAACAAGCGAAAAAUCAGCCUGAGCAACGCCUCCAGCAAUGGCAGCAACAAGAAUUGUAUUUUUCUGCCCAUCUCACCAAACACCAACGGAUCAGUGGCGACACCAGCAGCCACUGGAGCAACGGCAAAUUCAAGUCAAAAUUGCUUUGCUAGUCCGGGACUGACCAGAAUGCGGCAAAGACCCAAUUUGUUGAGCAAGCAGCAAUCGCUGGACUGCGACAACCGAGAUCCCAUGAUCGGAGCUCAUCGCAAGGGCCGAGGCUAUGUGUACAGCUAUCCAACGAGCACGUCUGCCUCAGCUCCACCGAGUCCCUCCAUUCUGCAGCAAUGGAUGGGUGGCAACUGGUCGUUUGGAGCCGGAAAUACCUCCAGCUUUGCGGACUGCAGCCACAGUGCCGAUCCGCUGGUUAACCAAAAUUCAAUGGAUUUGGAAACAAGUCUGGCACUUACGGGUGGGAACGAACUAGAUACGUCAGAGAUGCAGCGCUCACAAUCGGUGCCGCUGUCACAAUUGCAGAGAAGGAGCAGUCAACAGUCACCUAACUUGAAUUUCUACUCGGAGAACAGUAACAGUCAGCAGUCUGCUCCUCUAAAAGAUACAGGAUUGCUAUACGAGGAGGUGGAGGUGGGAUCUCUACUGUCACCCAAUUUUAACAGAAAGUUCAAUAGCAUGACGCAGCAGACGGCCACUACGUGCAGCUCCUCAGCGGGGUCCUCGUCCGGCUACAGCAGUGGUGGCUCUGCGGGAAUAGUGUCGCGAUCGGUGCCUUCAACUCCGCUGCCACACCAGCAGCAAAACAGCCUUACAUCUUUAAAUGGAGGAGCAGGACCAGCAGCCAGCGGAGGAGCUCUUAUGGGAAUCGGAAAUGGAGGCAGCUGCGGAACUGGAAACGGCUUCUUUACCAUUUCGGACUCUUUUAACUGGGAGGGAUCUGCUGGCAAUGGUAGUCAGUUGGGCUAUAGCACACAUUCUUACAGUGCCCGCAAUCCACUAGACAUAUCCAAGUCCAUGCCAACGACGCCAAUUGCAACACAACGUUUCCGCUACAGUCCUGCCGAGGUGCACCGUGACUUCCUGAUAAAUGGCAAUACCAUCGACAGCUUACCUUCAUCCGCCUUUGCUGCGGUUGGAGUUACCACAGAUCCUACGUUAGCUCUGAGCACGGACACUCUGAUCGAUGACAGUGCCCCCAGCAGCGCCGAUGUGGUUGAGGCGAUGAUCGGUGUUCCGGGGAUACUCGACGAUUUUUAGAAUUUGCAUGAAGAGAAAGCUCAGGAGGAGAUCGAAAUACAAGAGCGACAGGAGACCGACGAAGUGGAGAAUAAUGAAGUCCCAUCAUCUGCAAAGGAGGGCGCCAAUGUGGUGGCCUGUCUGUUGCAGCAUGUUGAUCAAUUAUAGAGCCUCCUAUUAUCCGUCUCCUGCCGCAUUGACGUCUCGUUAAUUCGUUUUUGUGUCUAUCUAUUAAGUCCUCUAUCAAUGUUCCUGUUUUGAGUAUAUAGGAUUUUUGUUUUGCCUAACGUCUAACGUGCUAUGUCCUUUCUAAUGACAUACAAAAUUCAAUUUCCCACGGUUACAAACUUUAAAUUUAUAAAAACUAAAUACUUCCAGUUGAUACAAAACUGAGAUUCAAUAUAGUUAAGAAACUGGAACAUGAACCUGUGAAAAUCCUCCACACAUGAGCUUUCUCUUCGUGACUCUCGCAAGCUAAGAAAUAUCCAACAAAAUCCUAUCUUCCCUCUUCUAAACUAAUCAACAGCUUAACUGUGCCUCUAAUUGGUUUCAAAAAGUGUCCAACAGCAUUAGAGGUCUGUGCUUAAGCCGACUUCUAUAAUCUAACACUACCCUCAGGCCCUCGUUGUAUGUAUGUAUGUAUGCCAUUGGCAUAUUGUUAUAAUUACUAAAAAUUAACAUUAACAUUAAUACACUGAUGACGAUGGUAUGUAGCUGUAUGUAGUUGCAUAGUUUUAUUGUUGAACAACAUUACAAAUGAAACGAACUUAAAGUCUGAAUGAAGGAAACGUGUGCAGCGGUUUUAAAAACGAAAACAAAUUUACAAAAUGUAACGUAAACGAAUGUACAUCUAGAACUUUAGAACUAAAUCUCGGCGCUCGACGAGUUUGUCUUCCUGCGACCCUCGACUGUACAUAUAUAAGUAUAUAAAGUAUAUAUAUUUCUAGAGGGAUUUCCAAACGGAUUUUAAAGGGGGUCGCAGGAAACCUCAAGUCUCAGUUCAAAAUUGUCAAAUUUAAUUGUGUGUUUGUAUGGUGUUGUAAGGUAUCGUGAGUAACGAGCUUCGUCAAUUGUUCAUCCAGUCAGUCGUUCAAUUCUAUUACUAAACCAGCCCCGAACUACAUAUUCUAUUUGUUAAACUCUAUCUUUAUAUUUAUCUUAAGCUUAACAUUAAAAGCUUUCGAUUCUUCAAUUAGUUAUAAGUGUUUGUUUGUUAUACCUGUUUAUUAUUUUUGUUUAAUUCACGUGUAGUACUUUAGCUGUGCUAUUAAUGGAUUUUGUACGAUGUCUGUAAUUCAAGUUUUCUGAUGCCUGAAUUUCUAGUUGUAAUGUCGUUUCUUAUACCCAGUCUAACAGUCUUUAGUUUCGGUUUAGCGUUUUGAACAAGUUUAGCCUUACUUCUUAUUUUUAAUUCGCAUUGCAAAUGAAUGUUAGUUUGUUUGUAAAACAAAGUAAAACACAAACCUCUUUUCCUUUCAAAACAAAUGAUUUUCUUAAAAAUGCAUUGAAAAUAAAUCAUAAAUGUGCCUCAGGCUUUAUUGUAAAACAAUUAAAUACCGCAACAACAACAAAAUAUUCAUACAAACAUACAAAAUGCAUUAAAAAAUAAAAAAAAAAAAAAACAAAGAAAAUGUUAGCUACGUAUACACACAUAAAUAGAUUAAUAGAACGUUAUACGAGUCUAAUUAAAUAUACACUCAUUUACAAGAAGCAAGGUAGGGAAUCAAAUGAAUUUGUUAGAGCCUCAGAUUCAACCAGUAAGUCAACAAGAACAUAAAUAACAAUAACCAGAACAGCACCCAUAGCCUACGAUGAACAUUGUCAGCUAAAUUCUAAAAUACAGAAAAAGCUAAAGUUUUAAAGAUUAUUUUUAAGCAAUGUCACUUACCCCGCAGUCCGCUUUGAACAAUACCAACCAACAACAAUAUACGAGUAAAAUAACAAUAGCCCUAAGUAUGGUAAAUAGAUUAAACACAUUGUCACCGGGAACACUUAGAUGAGAUAUAUGCAAUUAUACAGAAAGAAUGCAUUAAAGUUAAACGAACCAAAACUGUACUUUUUAUAAGAUAUUUGAAUGACAUAAAAUACAGAUAACAGAAACGAAAAAUUCGCAAAUGUA